AUGGAGCGGUCAGGCGCCGACGAGGAGGUGGCUGAGCAGCAGCGCCGUAGAGAGGAGGAAGCGUUCCGAAAGGCGGCGAGACAGCCCGCGGAGAGGAGGAAGCAGGAGCAGGAGCAGGCGCGGAUUGCGUGCUAUCCUUACGAGCAGGCACUUCACCAGUGCUACGAGACCAAGUGGUUUCCCAUGAUUACGUGCUACGAAGAGAACAAUGCAUUUUGGGACUGCUUCAAAGAGAAGCGGGGAUUUUUGAAAUCGAAGCUUGAUCUGUGGCAGGAGCAGCGACUGGACAAGACUGCCGCUAGUCCCCAGCAGCCCCCACCACGCAACAACCAAUAA